UUGUUUCUAAUACAACAUGGUUUGGAAAAUUAACAAAUUAAAUUAUAAUAAAAAAAAUGACUUAUCGGUGAAAAGUGAUUCCAUCUUUUGUUACACUGGAGCUACUUUCUACACCAUUUCACAGCACAAUACGGCAACAUUGUUUUGAUAUUGUUUUUAUUUCCGAGCAAACUGAGACAGCUUUCGCUUCGAUGCUCGCCGGCGGUAUAACCAAAGAAAAGGGGCGGGGCCUGAUCUUAUGUAGUGUCACGACAUAAGCUUGGCGAAUGGAUACGCCGGUGAUGCGCGGUCUUAAGGUUAAAUGGUUUGUGAUUGGCAUCUUCUUCGUACAAAACAUAGAAUAUGUGGAACAUUGAUUGGUUCUAUUACCUCUUACCCCAGACAAAACGACUUUCUAGGCUUACCAAUGGCUCUUAUGUCUGAGGAAGCAGCACUUCUUGUAGAUAUUGGUACAUGUAAGUUAUAUGCCAUAGAAAACAUUGUAUACAAGCCAAGUGACAAGCAAAAAGAAGAUUUCAAGACACAUCUAAAUAGAGCAUUAGAAGAACAAAGGCAAGUUCUGAGAAAGAAGAAAAUUGAACAGUUGUCACAAAAAAUAGAUGUAAUUAUAGCUGGAAAAAGACAAAAAUUAUUAUCUAAGGGAAUAACAGAUGUUUACUUAGAUAAGCAGACUUUGCUACAGGAAGAAAUUAAUAAACUUCCAAUUCUUCCCCCAGUUCAUCUUUUAGAACAUUUGCCAACAGAAUUUAACCUAGAUGCAGAAACAAAUGAAAUUUGCUCUGAUAUAUUAUUACCUUCAAUUAAAGAUCCCUUGGGCUCUCUAAAAUGUGCCGUUUAUAGAGACCUUUGGCAAAGGGGUCACUACAUCACGGAUGGUGCAAAAUUUGGUUCAGAUUAUCUUGUAUAUCCAGGAGAUCCUGUGAGAUUUCAUGCUAUGUACAUGGUAAGAUGCAUCUCUGAUCGAGCGAAAAGUUUCCAACCUGCAUAUCUUGUUUCAUAUGGAAGAAUGUCAGUUGCAGUAAAUAAGUUAGCAGUCCUGGCAUUUCGAAAUAAUUAUGGAAGAAUUGAAUAUCAGACUCUGCAGUGGCAUGACAGUAUCAGUUAACAGAAUAAAAGAAAAUCAACUUA